AUGAUCAGAGCGUCCCCGCCACCUAAGAAGAAGACGCCUGCACCGCCGAAGAAAUCGACGAAUCAACUGCCGAAGAUCCCCACGAAAAUUCCCGCAGGCGGCUCGAAAUCGCCCCCGCCCAAGCGCAGCGUUUCCCCGCCCAAGCGCGGAGUUUCCCCGCCCAAGCGGAGGACUUCCCCCCCUAAGAAGCGCUCGCCAAUCCUCCCCAAGAAGCGUCCCCCCCCGCCGCACUCCUCCUCCCCGCCUAAGCGGAAAUCCCCCAAGCAGCCGCCCCCCGCUAAGAAACCCCCCCCUAAGCGGUCCCCCCCGAAGUCUCCCCCGCCUGUUUCUCCCCCCAAGCGGCGCAAGCCGUCUUCUGCGCAGAAGUCUCCGCCUCCGCCGAGUCCCCCUCCGCCGUCUCCGCCCACGGGGAGCGGCGGAGUGGACCUGGGGAACGCGCAGAAGGUGCUGAAGAUGCUACAGCCGUACUUCGACGACCCGCAAUUCAUGAUGUUCGCGAUUAACGGAGGUCUCCUCACGUUGAUGGGCAAGGCACUCAAUUCAUCCGAGAAGGUCACCUUCUUCGUGCCCGAUCCCGACACCAUCAAGGACCUGCCCGCCGAUUCGCCGCUGAUCAACGAUCCAGCUAUUGCCACGGCGGUCGUGAACUUCCACGUGGUGCGGGGGCGACAGGUCACCUACACGGAGUUGACUCAGGCCGCCACUGGGACCACGUACAUGACGGAUCAGCACGAGCCUCUGGUGAAGGAUGCAGCGAGCUUCAUGUUCAACGUGGUGCUGCGGCCAAGCCAAGGGCCCUCCCGCGCCACCAUCACCAUGCCCAACGCAUACACGGACGAGAGCAUGCAGCUCCAUCCCACCCCACCCCACCCCACCCCACCCCACCCCCCAGGUGCACGUACUCGACUCACUGCUCAUCCCAGACUCGGUCUACUUCGCCCCUCCAACACCAUCCCCUACAAUCACCCUUCCACCAAACCCUCCCCAGCCAUCCCCUUCGGCAACCCCUACCCCACCAUCCGCACCGUCAAACCUUCCCAUAGCAUCCCCACCGCCACCACCGGUGGCAGCAGAGAAGCAGACCACGGCCGUGGCAACACCAACCCCUCCUCUGUCCAGUUCAGAUCCCAACACCACUGUGCCACCACCACCUGCGCAGUGACUCUUGAGGUGCUGUUAAGGGCAGCAGAGAAGCACCCCUCACACGUGGCAACAGCAACCCCUCCUCCGUCCAGUUCAGAUCUCAACAACACGGUGCCACCACCACCUGCGCAGUGA